UGUAUAUAAACCCAUGUGUCCACUUUAGAUUCCCAUCAUUACAGUGUCCCAACUUGGAAAAAUGUCCAUGAUGAAGAGCUCAGUGUUUGUGGGAAUUUUCCUGCUUGCUCUCGUCUCUGUGAUCCAUGCUGCCUGCGUUCAUGAGAAGCUAGACCCAGGUACGACUCAAUGUGAGGAUUACUUGGAUAAAACGAUCCAUCCGAUCGGAAGUACCUGGACAAACAGCAUGUGUCAACGCUGCUCGUGCAUGGCCUCUUUCAAAAGCUGCUGUAUCGGAUGGCCAACAAGUGUGUCUGGAGGCUGCACCAUUAAAUAUGAUUAUAAUACCUGUACUUUUGAAUUGAUUCAUCUGGAUAAAAAUGUUCACUGUGGGGCUGCUGGAAAGUGACUGUAAAGAUGAAAUCAAGAAACUGAUAUAAUUGAGAUAGUACAAAUAUAACAUGAUGACAUUAAACCUAUAAUCAAGGUUUACUUUA